GGAUGAGGAAGGAAGUGAAGGAGAAUCGAAGAGAGAAGAGAAGGGAGAAGAAUAGAAUGAUUCCAGCAGAUGAUGGUUUUGUGACAGUCUCCAGUGGAGGAGAUGAUGCUGAGGAAGAUGAUUUUGAAGACUGUAAAGAAUUUUGGGACGGUGGAGUUGCCAGUGAUCUCUCUGGACAAUCCAAAAGUAUUGAGGUCAGGACAGAUGAAGAAAAUCAAACAGCAAAUGAGAGAGAGGAUAAUAUAGGACCAAAAAGAUCUGUAACAGUCUUUUGUGUGAUUGGUCAGACCCUUCCUAAGUCACAAGCAAAAUGUGAUGCAAAUGCAGACCACACAGUUGAAGAAGAGGCCUAUCAGCAUUCAGAUCAUGACAUGGACAAUCAAGGUGAAGUGAACAUUUCAUAUGGAAAUGAAGCCUCUGAAAAGGAUGGAUCCUCUGAACAGAACAUUGAAAGAGCAAUGGAUGAACUCACCCUUUCUCAUAAUGAGGACAAAGACAAACAUGACACCACAGGGGAGGAAACAGCAAGUAAUGACCAGGCAAUUGAAGAUGUAUCAUCUCUAGAAGACCAAAUGAAUCCUCCCAACAAGAGAUCAGAAAAAGACUGUGAGCCCUUACCACCAGAGCUGCCGGAAACUUCAGAGUCCUGCAAGGAAAAUGGGUAUGUGGCUUCAGAGAGUGAGAGCUCUUUUCAAGAGGCAGAAAAAGAAGCUCCUGGAGACAAGGUGGAGCAUUUUAGUUCGGAUGACACUUUGAGCACUUCAGAAGAAAGAAAGCGAUGUUCUACUGCUCCUCACCUCAGAUGGGCCAAGAGCGUGGUGAAAGAGAUCUUGGGUCCGAAGUUGCAGGAAGGAGUAACUGUGGAUACAGAAAAUAAAAGAGGUAGUAUGCUACAAAUAGACAUCAAAAUUAACACACAAACAGAGAGUGAGACAGAAAUGGACAAAUCUAGGGAGGAGAAAGGACUGAUAGAGGAAGGAGAACAGGAAGGGAUGGAGAGCGAGUUGAAUGAGAAAUCUGAACAUGACUUGCUGGACCCUAAUUCUGUCCAGCACAUGUUGUCUUCAGAAGGAGAGGCAGAUAGAGAUGAAGAGGAGCAUGUAGAUGAAAGGAAAGAUAGAAAACCAGGAGCUGUUUUAAGCUCUAGCAGUUUUCAAGAUUUGGGGAAUGAGGCUCGGAUGAGGAGGCGAGGGUUCCGAAAGACAACGGACAUACGCAAAGAAGAGGAGGAGGAGGGAGAAGAAGUUGGAAGGGACCGCAGGACAAGAAUAUUCCACAUAUCAGAUGAGGAUGAGGAUGAAUUUUCGUUCUCCUGGAGUGAAGUGGAUCUGAGGAAAACGACUGAAUCUUUUCGUAGGACAAGAAGGAGGAACUCUAAAUACUUUAACUCUCAACUGUAUCAGGAGUACAGUGAGGUGGUCCAGAACAGAGAGAUCCAGCUGUCUCAUUCUGAUUCCAUAGCAUUAAGCGGCGAUCAUUCUGCUAUCCGAACAUCAUCUUCUCCGAAUCAUUCCCCUAAGCUAUCACACAGGCCUCUCCCAGCUCUCCCUCCAGUGCACCUACACCCCCACACUCUGUCCCAAAGCAACUCCUUUAAAAGUCUUGCUGUGCCUCAGCAAGCCAUAAACAGACCUCCUUCCCCUCGCCUGUCUAUCUCUGCCUCCUCACCAACACUGUGGCAAGACCUCCCCGGAGUAAGGACCAGCCCAGAGAUUGAGACACUCACUGAAGAUGAGAGACGUCUGCAGGAGGUGAGGUUUGAGGUAGUGACCUCUGAGGCAUCAUACUACCGCAGUUUAGACAUUGUAGUGGAUAACUUUGUCCUGUCCAAACAACUCAACAUCCUCCUGACAUCACAAGACAAAAACUGGCUUUUCUCCAGGUUAAACGAUGUUAGAGCUGUCAGUCACAGUUUUCUGUCUCAGUUGGAAGAAAAAGUGGAGAGUGACAUAAUGCACUUUACUGUCUGUGACAUCAUUAUCAAACACUGCCCACGAUUCCGCAAGGUGUAUGUGCCUUACCUCACUAACCAAUCAUAUCAGGACAAAACAUAUCAAAGAUUGAUGGAUGGAAGUCAUGAAUUCCGUAGAGUUGUGGAAAAGUUAGAACGUAAUCCUGUUUGUCAACGACUGCCUUUACGCUCCUUCCUCAUACUGCCUUUCCAAAGAAUCACACGGCUUAAACUACUAGUGCAGAAUAUUGUAAAAAGAACAGCUCCAAAGACCAAGGAUGAGACACAUGCCAUUACGGCCAUGAAACUACUGGAAAAGAUGAUCAAGGACAGUAAUGAGAGUAUCUCUCAAAUGAAGAACAUUGAGUCACUCGUGACCCUCAAUGCCAAAGUUGACUUUGAGUGCAGGACUCUUCCAUUGAUCAGCCAGUCUCGCAGACUGGUGCGAGAGGGGCCUGUAACUGAACUGAGAGACUUCUCACUGAAAGAGCCAGAGAGAAGUGUUUAUAUGCACCUUUUCAAUGACUACCUCCUGCUAUCUUUGUGGAAAGAAGGGGGUCGGUUUACAGUUAUAGAUCAUGCUCCUGUCUCUGAGCUGCGGGUUGAGAACUGCAGGUUCAAACUACAUUCCUUAAAGAAAAACCUGUUCCGUCUGUACAUGGGAAACAAAGCCGUGCUACUGCGGACAGAUACACAAGUUGAUAAACUGCGCUGGAUAUCAGCACUCUCGCGCCCUUAUCCCGAGAUUGACUUCAGUGCAGUUCAAGAUUAUGGUCAAAUGCAGUGCAUUAGAGCCUUUGUUGCCCAGCAACCAGAUGAACUAAGUUUGGAGAAAGCUGAAGUCUUAUUAGUUCAUGAGCAGAGUAGUGAUGGCUGGGUGGAAGGGACACGCCUCUCAGACAGGCAGCGUGGUUGGGCCCCGGUGUCCCACCUAGAGACAAUAGUCAGUGACAAAACAAGAAAGCGCAACCUGCUGGACACCAUGAAAAUUGCUACAGCUGCAAUGUGAGGGACUUUCAAGAUUCUCAUGCAGAAUUAUUCAGCCACAAAAUCUGUUAGUAUUACUUCAGAGCCUUAUCUGAAAAGAGCUGCAAGAACUGUAUGGGUUUAUUCCUCAAUUUCAUGAGAACUUUAUUUAUUUUGUGUACACUCAAGCACACAAACUGGUAGGGGUGAAGUUGGUGAUAUUCCCUCACCCACAAUGUCAAAGUACUCCACACCUUGCUAAAGGGUCUUUUAAAAUGCUGAAAUAUGCCACCUGGACUCUUUGCCUUCUGUGCAAAAGACCUCCUCGCCUGCUCCAAAUCAGUAUAUAUGUGACUUCCCAUGUGUUUAAGUGACACAUAAGGUGAUGGCUGUCUUACAUUUUGGAAGUGUGGAGUUAUGGGAGCUCCUGGACAGGGUUUGGGUAAGUUAGACUCACUGGGGAUCUAUGACCGCUGGAUAUAAGAAAGUAAUGCAGAAUACUGCAUUCCUACACCAAAACAAAAGUUUUUCCCUGUUAUUUAUAAACUUCACAUCUCCUUCCAAGUGGAAUGUUAACCCUGUUGGACUGUGACCUCACAGGAAUACGGCAUACAGAGAAGCUUUUGUUGUGCUCAAGGGAGCACCUUUUAAGAAUAGGAAAAAAGGACAAUUUAUUAGUCUUUUAUGAAAUAUGGUGGACUUUUUUUGCAACAUGUACACAUUUCGUGUGCACAUUUUUUUCAGGAGUCGCUUAUGUAUAAUUACAGAUUAUGCAUUUUGGAUGGCUACUUUUUAGAUCAUAAAUAAGGUGCAAUACCAAUGAGUCGACAAGACUAUGCAAUGUAUAUAAACGGUUUUUGUUUUACUUUGAAGCUAAAAGUAUUAUGUUUUCAGGGAAUUAUUUGACACCAUCUCCGCUUGCUGUUAAAACUUAUUGCACAUAAAUGCAAUUUGCCUUAAAAAUAAACAGACAAUUGGUCUCCUAAAAGAAUAUUUCAUGGUUUGGCAAAUUACAUUUUUGGUUUUACAAAUCAA